AUGCCGCGAGGAGCAUGCUCUCAUGGUGGACUUGGAUUGGACGAUGCUGUUCUGAAGGAUGGAGUGGCGAUUGAGCUGGAACAUCAUCUUCACGACAUGAUUGACGCGAGUAGUAAUCCCUCAGAUGUCGAAGGAUUAGGAGAGAGUCUUGGAAUAUGCGGCGGCGGCAGCCAAUGGGGAGGGCGGACGGCGCUCGCGAUCGCCCACGUGCCUGGUGCGCGCCGUGCGAUUGUCUUCCGUGCAGCUGGGCCGCGGUGCGGAGCUUCUAGUCGUCUUCUAUGCAAUCGAGUCGAGAAGGCCCGCGAAACGAGAGGUUGCUCGCGUGCCAAGGCCCCAGGACUGCAACGGGCUUGGGGUCGGUUUGCUGUGGCUUGGCCGGCCGCGAUCCACAGGAACCGUUUCGAGCACACACGUGGGGAGUUCGAGCGCUCUCAUUCGAGAUCCGGGGAAGCGCUUGGCCCUGCCGCCAAGGCCCGCUACGAGCCUCAUCCGCUCCACGGCCUUGCUCGCACUACCUCCCACCACGCCCACGCCCGCCAGGACGCCCAAUCUUUUUCGCCGUCGAUGCGUUUCGCGGCGGACAUGAACUCCCCUUCUAGGCUCGCCAAGAACGAUAUCUCGGUAGCGUCUUCAGCUGGGCAGUUUCGAUCCAGACAAUUGCGUGCAGCAGCCGGUACGGCCGCCUGCGCCCGCAGGGCUUGUUCUGCCACGGGCGAAUCACAGACUGCCGUUGGGGAACGCGCAGCCGACCCGGGGCCCAGGAGGGAGCUUGAUCGUGCUCGGCCACGGCGAAUCCUUCGUCGUCCUGGGGGGCGUCCCCGAAAGUCGAACGCCUCUUCACAGGCAAGACAGGCUUGA